AUGGCCUGCUACGACCUGUACCCCUCCUCUGCCUGCGGCGUCAUCCAGCCCCAGCCCGUGGCCGGCAGCGGGAACGAGCCGUGUGUCCGCCAGUGCCCCGACUCCACCACCGUGAUCCAGCCUCCCGCCGUGGUGGUCACCUUCCCCGGCCCCAUCCUCAGCUCCUUCCCGCAGGAUUCCGUGGUGGGAUCUGCUGGAGCUCCCGUCCUGCCGGCCUCCGGAGCCUCCCUGGGCUAUGGGGGCUAUGGGUCCCUGGGCUAUGGGGGUCUCUAUGGAUAUGGGGGUUACGGAUCCCUGGGCUACGGGGGCCUGUGGGGCUAUGGGGGUCUGGGUUCCUGUGGUGGGUACCGGGGCCUGUAUGGCUUUGGGAGAUCCUUUGGCUCCUGCAGCCCCUGGUCCUCCCGCUACGGCCGCUACCGCCGUGGCAGCUGCGGCUCCUGCUAAACCCGAGGGAAAAACCCCAAGAGAGGUUUCACCAACAGAAGAAAUGUGAUGGUUUCACAGCCAAAGAGCUUGGAACCACUGCUGCUCCAUCUCAAAACCAUGGAUUUGUAACUGCCCAGCCCCUUUUAGAUUUCUCCUUUUUCUGCUUCUGCCUAAAUCUUGUCCCGCUCCAUUUCUGUGUUGCCUGGGGUAAAUAUGGAACAAAGGGGCUCAAAAUGGGUCCUGCUUGUUCACAUCAACAGCUGAGAUUCAGAAGAGAACCUGAAUCAAUCACAUGUGAAUGUGCCUCUGGCUGGAGAAGAGUUUCUUACUUCUUGGAGACUCUGCAAAUGCAUUACUGUGCUUGUUGUCAUUAAAAGU